CUAGACACGUAUUAGUUGACGGAAGUGACGCGUUCAUAUUUUGAAUCUUCAGCCGCGCUGCAAAUCUGUUGAAGCUUGCGUUUAUAUUGCGUAAAUAUUAUUCAGGCGAUCAUGAAGAGAGUGGAAAAGCCUCAACUGAAGGAUACAGCGAUUCCUACACUACCACAUUUUGUUUCCAGAAAAGCAAAUCUGAAGAGUGACAGUGAAAAGAAAACCCAAGCAAAGACUCUGAAAGGACCCUCAGUAAAAUAUGGGCAACAAAAUGAUCUAAGGGAGCAGAAUCGCAUUUUGGUGGCAACAAAUGAAGAUUUGCAAAGACAGAUUUUAGAGUUAAAGGAAAGUGUAGCUCUAUUAGAAGAGCGGUGCAGUAACCUUCAAGAUGAAAACGCUGGAAUCAAGAAGCAACUCCGGGACUGUCAUGUACUUCUGAUAGCAGAAAAACUUGACCCUGUUUCAGGGGAAAAGAUUGAGCAAGCUGUAGAACAAAAAGACAGACAAAGGGAGGAUGUCAUGACUGUUUCACAAAAACUGUUGACUGAGCUAAAGCUAUUUGAUGAGUUUGCAAGAGAACAUGGAGCACAAUUAGCAGAGAUGCAAAACACAAUGAAAAGCCUAAAUGAAGCCAGAGAAAAGCUCCAUACUGAUCGGGAAUCGUUUUGCUUGGAUGCUGAGGAGAUGGAGAAGGCACUGAAGGAGGCAGAGAGACUGCUCAUAGAGUAAAAUAACUUCUUGUCUGUUGUUUUUUCUUUGUUGUUUGUUUUUAUUGAUGUUUUUACCUUUUGGUAAAAUCUGUUUGUUAUGAAUAAACCAGUUUUGUGAGCUAUGUUUAAUAAAGAUUCUACUUAAUUAAAAA